GAGGAGGGCGACGUUUUCCUGCGCGGCGCCGCGGCCGUCGCCCCGCCGCCGGCGAGCGUCAGGCGGGGGGGAGGCCCCGGCCCGGCCCUUCCCCUGGCCCCCGCGCCCCAAGGAUGGCAGCGCUGCCCGCACCAGUGGCUGGCGGCGGGGUCCCUCCUCUUUUUUUUUCCGGCGGCGGCUGCAGCGGCGGCGGCGGCGGCGGAUCAUUGUUGUGUGGGAGGAGGGCGGCGGGGAUGGACUUGAUCUCCCGGGUCUCCUGCUAAGGCGGCAGCACAGCGCGCCCAGCCAGAACCCGGCAGGGCCGAGCAGCGCCGGUCAGGAAGGGAGCGGCUCCCCGCCCGCUCUCCCGGCUGCUGUAUUUUUAGGGGGCUCUGCUGCUCCUCUCCCUCGCCCUUAUCCCCCCCCCACCCCCCGCCGCUCGCACACACGCACAGGGACACGCACGCACCCUCCUCCUCCUCCUCUGCCCUUUCAUCCUUCCUCCCGCCGUCCUCCCGCGCCGUCUCCCGCCGCGGCAGAUGCGCUGGGGGUCACCGCGCAGCUGGGACUAUGGUGAAAUUUCCAGCGCUCACUAACUACUGGCCCCUGAUCCGGUUCCUGGUCCCUCUCGGCAUCACCAACAUCGCCAUCGACUUCGGGGAGCAGGCCUUAAACAGGGGCAUUGCUGCUGUCAAAGAAGAUGCUGUGGAAAUGCUGGCCAGCUAUGGGCUGGCAUACUCCCUGAUGAAGUUCUUCACGGGUCCAAUGAGUGACUUCAAAAACGUGGGUCUGGUGUUUGUGAACAGCAAGCGAGACAGGACCAAAGCAGUUUUGUGCAUGGUUGUGGCAGGAGCUGUAGCUGCUAUAUUUCAUACCUUAAUAGCAUAUAGCGAUUUGGGGUAUUAUAUUAUUAAUAAGCUGCACCAUGUGGAUGAAUCAGUGGGAAGUAAAACUCGGAGGGCCUUCCUUUAUCUUGCUGCCUUCCCUUUUAUGGAUGCCAUGGCAUGGACCCAUGCUGGGAUUCUACUGAAACACAAGUACAGUUUCCUAGUGGGAUGUGCCUCCAUCUCCGAUGUCAUAGCUCAGGUUGUUUUUGUAGCCAUUUUGCUUCACAGUCACUUGGAGUGCAGGGAGCCGCUCUUGAUACCCAUCUUGUCCUUAUACAUGGGAGCACUUGUCCGAUGCACCACGUUAUGCCUCGGGUAUUACAGGAACAUACAUGACGCCAUUCCUGACAGAAGUGGUCCUGAAAUGGGGGGAGAGGCUACAAUAAGGAAGAUGCUGAGUUUCUGGUGGCCUUUGGCAUUAAUUUUGGCAACUCAGCGAAUAAGUAGGCCCAUUGUCAACCUUUUUGUCUCCCGGGACCUAGGUGGCAGUUCUGCAGCCACAGAGGCGGUGGCGAUUCUGACAGCUACGUAUCCUGUGGGACACAUGCCUUAUGGCUGGCUGACAGAGAUCAGAGCAGUAUACCCUGCUUUUGACAAGAAUAACCCCAGCAAUAAAUUGGUGAACACCAACAGCACUGUCACAGCAACACAUAUCAAGAAGUUUACUUUUGUUUGCAUGGCAUUGUCCUUAACGCUCUGUUUUGUGAUGUUUUGGACACCAAACGUGUCAGAGAAGAUUUUAGUUGACAUAAUUGGAGUAGAUUACGCUUUUGCAGAGCUGUGUGUUGUUCCUUUGCGCAUCUUCUCCUUCUUUCCACUUCCAGUGACUGUCAGAGCACACUUGACUGGUUGGCUGAUGACUCUGAAGAAGACGUUUGUGUUGGCACCCAGCUCAGUGCUGCGGAUUAUCGUCCUCAUCACUAGUCUCAUUGUGCUGCCUUACUUAGGAGUUCAUGGAGCCACUCUUGGAGUAGGAUCCCUUCUAGCUGGUUUUAUAGGAGAAUCCACCAUGGUUGCAAUAGCAGCCUGUUACGUCUAUCGGAAGCAGAAAAAGAAGAGGAAUGAGAAUGAAACAGCUACGGAAGGUGAAGACUCUGCCAUGACCGACAUGCCUCACACAGAGGAAAUGACAGACAUCGUAGAAAUGAGAGAAGAGAAUGACUAAUAAAUGGGAUGCAAUUGUUCUCUGCAGGGACGAUUGGAGUGACACUUCAGCAUCUUGUCGUCUCUCAUACUUUUUUGUUUGUUCGUUUUUAUUUUUGUAAUAAAGAGGCCUUGAUUUAAAAGGUUUCAGAUAAAUUCUCUAGCAUACUGAGUAUGCUCUCACUGAUGAGGGACCUAAAAAGAGGUCUUUGCUUGCUUUUUUCUUUUUUUUCCCCCCGCAGUUUAAUUUGUUUUCUCACUCCAUGCAAACAUAAAAGAUACAAUUGCAUCACUGUAGAGUCUUCCUUACUUAUGCAUCCACCUUCUCUGGACAAUCUGCAUUUGUCAACCAAAGCCCUGCUCUCUGUACGUGCGUGUAUGUGUGUGUGUGUGGGCUUGAACGCUCACACGCACACACGUGCCACUGGCUCAAUGCUACUGCCAUAAUCCUACUCCCCCCCUCUUUCCUUUUCCUUCCUUUUCUUUAUGAGAAAUGUAAAGGAAAAGAAGUUUGGAAUACAGAGCUUUAUUUUACUUGCUUGAAAAUGACUUUGCUACAUAAACUAAUAUACUAUGGUGAACUAUAUCUUUUUGUUUGGCCUCAUCACUAGAGCUUAUACUGCACGGGGUACAAGACGGGGAGGAACGUGUAAGUCUCCAGAUACAAAGUGGAGAAAAACAGGUUCCUUUCUCUUAUUUCAUGUGUGUGGAUGUGUACACACACAGGUACAUAAACAGAGACAUAUAUAUAUAUAUAUAUAUAUGUAUUUAUAUAUAUAUGCAUAUGAUGAAAUACACACAGGACAAGAACUCUAUUUAGCUUUAAAUCCAUCAGAAUGAUGUAAACAUUUAAUUCAGAAUUUUCUUGAAUCAUUAAGCCCCACCUUAACUGUAAUUUUAUUUAGAAAAAAACAAAACAAAACAAAAAAACAUGCACUUUCCUCUUGUGAAGAGGGUGAUGGCAACUGAUAGGCUUUGACUGUAUUUGAAUUUAAAAAAAAAUAAAUAUUGACAAGCUUUACCAAAGUUCUUGUCCACUGAUUUAACUUUAGUUUUUAAAGGUUUAUUUGCUCUAUAUUCUUGUUUCUCGUGCCUAUAUAUUUUUUAAAGAUCAGAUAACGUAUGCAGGAUACCAUGGUAUAUCACAUUACUACACAUAGCUCCAUGAAAUUUUUUAUAUAGAGAUGUACACAUACUCACACACGUGUGUAUAUGUAUAUAUACUUAUACACACACACACACAUACAUGUAUGUUUUCCUAUACUAUAUUUACCUAUGCAGUAGAUCAAAAUCUGUAUGGUGAAGCUCAAGUACUGAUGGUCCUCCAAGUCAUUAAUUAGGGACCUUGAUCAUAUGGUAGCUCUCCAAGGCAAGAGUCAUGUGGAAGCAGAGAGCUGCUCACCUCAGUCAGCAAGUGCUGUGCUUGGAGAAGGCAGCAGGGGCUGUGUGGUUGUGGUUCAAGUGGUCCUUAAAUAACAGAGUGUGAGGUCGGGUGGGCAAUUUGUGUGUGGUGGAAAUGAAGCCUAUGUAAGAGGUGGCUGGAUCAGAGAGGGUUUGGGUGCCACUGAUGACGGCUGCAGCAGCAGCAGCUGCUUCUAUUUCUUGUGCUCUUCUGUGCUUCGGCUGCAGGGCAGCGUUUGUUACUGGCUUGUAGUACCUUGGGUCCUUUCAGAUUUAAUCAUGCCAGAGUCUGGAAACCAUUAACCUCCAUGCUAUAUCCAGAAAGCAAUUAAUUUAAGCGUUAUUUAGUAAAAGUAUAUUUUUCUAAGUUGUGGAAAUGAUUAUUUAAUUGUGGACAAAUUCCAUUUCUAGAUUUAUUUGCCAGGUAGUCCCAGCACUCAGAGAACUGAUCAGAACUAAACAUUACUUUAAUUGUUGUAUCAAUAUAUGUGUAUGUAGACAUACACGUAUAUAAAUAUAUAUAUUGUAUAUUAUGUACAUUUAUUUUAAGCAACGUUUCCUAUUUUUCCAAGUUCAUCUAAUAAUGUCUCUAAAAACUACAGAGUUGGCUAGUAACCAGUUAUGGCUGUCAUAAAUGGCAUUUUAUCAAUGAAUUUUACAUUUUAUUGAAAACAUUUGUACCAAUUUGUUAUGUGCACAUAUGCAAUAAGAAAAAAGUGUAGAAAUUAUUGUGUUGAAUGACAGAUUUGUAAAAUCGGUUCAUCAGCAGUGGCACUAGGAGGUUAAGACUAAAUCCAGUCGCCACGUUUUUUGUGCCACCACAAGGUUGUUCUCCUUGUUUCUGACAAAAAAAAAAAAAAAAAGAUUUAAAAAAAUAAACAACCCUCAGACAGAUUAACUGUCCGGUCUGUAGUGUGCACACAUUCAUAAACACAGGCUCUCCAACAGUCAUGUAUAUAACGUGUAUAUAGACUGUUACAGAUCACAGUGGCCAUUUGAGGUCUUCUCUGUUCAUGUAGUUUUGGUUCAUCCAGUAGAUUUGUAUCCAAGUCCACAAUAACAGUUUUUCAGGAACUGCAGAGAUGAAGCAAGAAAAUAUUUUUAUGUAGUGUUUCUUUUGGUACAUUGACUAAAAUUCAAAUGGCAGUAUUUUUUAAGAACUUUGAGCAGUACUGAUUCAAAGUAAUAUUUUCACCAAUAAGUAAAAAUUUAUAAAACAAAUUAAAUGAAACACUGAAGCUUUUACUUUAGAUAGAAGAUGAACACAUAAAAAACUGAAUUUCUGGUCAUACAGAGUUAAGUAAUGGUACCGUAAAAAAUAAAUUUUCAGUUUUGUGGGUAAUACUUAAUAGUCCUUUACUUUGCAAGAUACCAGAUGAGCACAGGAGUGGUGGAAUCUGGGCAAGAAUUCAAGCAGUGACAUAAUGACUCAUGCAGCACAUCUCUUUCUGCUUCCUGCAGGUCACAUAUUUAUUUACAUUUCUUGGCUGGAUUUACAAAACAUGCUGACGUUUCUGCGCUGAGUCCCUGGUGCUGGCUGGGGUCCUGGAUGCCUGCACUGCUAAGGGGAAGGAAUGAGUGCUCUGUCCCCUCUGGUUCCGCUGCUGGGGAGGUCUGGCAGGACCACCCGAAACCUCACUGCUCUGACCCCCAGUCAGUGUCAAACUCAGCUGGGCUGGUGAGGCAGCCUGUCCAACGGGUUCCAGGCUGGAAGUGGGCAGCCAUCCUUGUCAGCUGUAGCCCCAGUCAGAGCACUGCUGGUUCCAGUGUCUCUCAGGCAGAUGCUGGUGCACUCCCUCUCCUGCACCUCUUCCUUCUCAAAAAGACUUUUCCGAGUUCUCAUAAGAUGACCUAGCUGUCUCUCUUGUGUUAUUGCAAAUGAAAUGGCUGUCUGUGAUAAAUAUUUUACAAUAGAACCUGCUAAGUUGCUGUGUUGGAGAGCUGAGGCGCCAUCAUCUCAAUGAAUUGAUGUGCAGUGUUGGCCUUUCCAGACUUUCUUGAGAAUUACUGAAUUAUACAGUCGAAGUUGCAAUAAAAAGAGGAAUAAUGUUGAUCUGAUUUGUACAUCUUAAAUUUCAGAACAGCUCACACAGCAGGAAGUAAGAACAGAACAAAAAUAAGCUGUGGAUUAAUGCUCCGCAGCUUUUAAUACGUAUGUAAAAUUGUGUUAACUUGUCCUGAGUUUUCCUUUUGCAGGCUUAAUGGGAAACACUGGGGGUUUUUCCCCUCCCCUGCUCUAAGCAGCCCUCUCACACUUACGAAGCAGCCAGCUUGAUGGAAAAGGCUCUGCGUUUCUCAGCCAGUGCUGGGUGCAGCAGCGGGUUCCCAGGCGUGGGGCAGCCCGGUCCCCCAGCACAGCCGUUCCAGGCAGGAGCCCUCAGUUGCCUGCUUGUUAGAUAGAGCCGCCCUGAGUGAGCGGACUGGGUGAGUAACAGAGAAGUCUUUUGUUGUCAACCCAUUUUCUUGCUAAAUGUUUCCUUUGAGCGGAAGAGAUUGAUAUCUGGCUCUUGCUUGGUGUUUUGCGGACUCUGCAGACAGAGAGGGAGCAGCCCAAGACAGAGGGCAAGCCGAUGAAUGCAGCUGAUUCAGGGCAGGCCACGACGUGUGAACAGAAACCUUUUGAAGGCGAGAGGGCCUUCUUUUGUGGGAUGGCGCCUCGUGCUUAAAAAGAAGGGAGAAAGGAUGCUUUCAGGCCCCGGCGCCCUGGGCUCAGGCCUUGGCUGUGUCUUGGGCUGCAGGGUGGCAGCGGGCACAGGGCCUCCUGUGCCCCCAGCGCCCCAGCCCUGCCGCUGGCAUCCCUGGCAUCCGUGGCGAAAUGCAGGACGGUGCAGGGGAUGGGGAUGGCAAGGCAGCCCUAUCGACUCCGUCUCGCUGGGGUUCUGUGGUCGUGGCCUGAGCAGCGCGGAUUUAAAUGUGGCAGCUGCAGCAGCCCGUGGUGUAUUGGAAAGCCAUGCUUAUGUAUAUGAGUGUGUGUGUCAGUGUCGCACAGGCAUUUUUAUAAUGGCCUUCAUAUAGUUCAUUGAAACAAGGAUUCAACAUGAUCUUAACAUGGGAAUAAGUUUGUGGGUUUUUUUAAUUGCAAUUUAAAGCUACGUGAAAGAGUAAAUAAAAAAUACUUGCAGCAGACACUAUGUCAGUAAGUUAAAUCAUGGUUUAAUAAGCUGGAAUGGGAGAGAGUGAGGACAUGUUGAAAAGCUUAUGGGUACUGUAUAUCCAUCAUAAAGACACCAGCAUGGCAUGGAGAUGAGUGACCCAGAGGGCAGAAACACCAGCACUGUGGCUGCUGUCAUUUGCCUUUCAGCUGCUCUGGAGAAGGACUGAAGGGUGAGGAGCAUUGUGCCUCUAAGACACCACUCCUGAGAAUUUUGGUUUCUGAGUGGAGGAGUCAUCACAGAGAGGAGUAUGAAACUUCUUAGGAGAUUAUUCAAGCUUAAAUAAACCAACAUGCAGGCUUUAUAAUAUGCAAAGAGGAGGCACUACAUAGCUUGCUGUUUCUGAGUAACUGGCAGGAUGGGACUGGGGCAACAUCACAUAAGUGUUACUUAAAAGACCAAAUUGUAACAAUUUUUUAUAUCAAAUUGACAUUUCCCAAAUACCAGCUUAAUGGUAAAACGUUUCUAUUAGCUUUUUUACUAGAAUUCAGGUGCAGAAUACCAUUUUUUUUUUGCAGGGAGCAAGCUCCCACAGAAGACAGGUGCAGUUCAGAGCCGGCUGUGGGAGCUCAUGGCAGAGCCCUGAUCAGAAAAGGAGCUCCAGAUUUAUUCUGCACCUUGCAACACACUGUAUUCAAUUGCAGUCUGACAGUAUCAUGAAAUGAGGCAGAAUUGUCAACUUAGCAGCAAACUCGGAGCAAGAGCAGUGUGGGGCAGUGGGAGAGUGCAGGGGGAGCCUGCCUUUCCACUCUGGGUUGGACCACUUGCCUGGAUUUGCUUUGGAGAGCUGAGUUCAGUUGUCAGUGCACAGAUGCUCUCCUCAGCAAAACCACUGCCAGACUUCUCAGUAAUUGGCACCUUUUGAACAAAAAGGCCAAAGACAAAAUAUGGGGGCAGAGACGUAGCUCCAGGCUCAGCUUGGAGCAUGUACUCACACUGAAGAGCAUUUUGGCUGCAGCUUGUGCAAGUUAAUUGUACGGUUAGAGACUGAGCUUCAGUCUCAGGAUUUCAUAAUCAAGAUAUUCACUCUUUCUCAGUAAAACAGAAGAAUUUUGUAAAGAUUUUAAGUGCCCUUUUGUCUUUAUUACCCUGAGGGCAAAGUUUUCCUUCGUAUUACCAAGGCUUGUCACUGCUCAAAUACAUUAUUAGUUUUACUUCAUAAUUAUUUUCUGUCAUGCCUAGUUCAGCAUCUUCAUACGUUUCCUUAUUUUAUUCUGAAGGCUCUACUAGGUCUACUUUAUCUGUUGGCAUUUUGAGAAGAAAAAUGUAAUUGUCAUGCUGACUCAAUGUCAAGUAAUGCCGUCAUUAAAAAGUAGCUUACAACAAAACUCCUCUUUGAUAGACUGGUUUUUACUUUCCAUUUGCUAAGCUGAAAAGGAGAGCCAAGAGGUAGAAGGAACUGAGGGAUGUCUUUAUUUAAAAGCAAGAAUUAAAAUAAUAAAUUCAAAUUAACUACUGAACUCCAACCACUUUGUGACUUUCUAAUGAUCCCUAAGACUGCCAUCCAAACUUUUCCAGCAAUGUUAGCACAGCAUCACCAGAGCAGUGCAGUAUAUUUUGAAACACUAGAAAACACAAGACUGCCAACUGUUUCACAGCUAAAUGUACCACUUCAUGAGUUGGGAGAGCCUGAUUGAUACGGACAGUUCAUUAAGUUUAAAAUUCAGCUAGUCAUGAGGAGUCUGAUCCAAUGUCUAAAGUGGCCCUGCUUUGAGCAAGGGAGGCUGGAUAAGAUGACUGCUUGCAGUCCCCUUCUAGCCUAAAUUUUUCUCAGCUUCAACCAGGAACCUAGAGAGGUCACUUCAUCUUAAGGGACUUGAGACUGCUUGCCUUUUUUAGGCUUUCAGUUCUGGGUUUAUAGACAGUGCCUACUAGGGCUCUACGAGGUAGAUAUUUGAGCAAAAAUCUGAGUUGUGCAGAUUCUUUUGCUGAUGACAAAACUUUCAUAGAGCAGAGCCAGCAGUAAAUUACCCUCCCACCCUCUGGGAGCCCACAAGGAGGGCAAAGCAAAAAUAAGCUAUUGUAUCUGCAGAUGAAAUAUUUGAGCACUGUAGUGCACUUUUUCAAUUAACUCUCUAAACCAAAAAAUGCAUUAAACCAGCAAGCAGUUGCAUCUAUUACCUGCUUCAUACAGCAUUUAAAAACCAAAAGCUGUCCUUUCUGCUAACUCCCCUUUGUAAUCUAGGUAAUGGAAAGUAAAUACUUACACUUACUUAAUAAUACAGCUUGGCCUGACUACAAAUGAGAGCAUAUAAUUCCCCAGUUAGGAAAUGAUCUGUUUUAAAAUUGGAACAACAGCUUUAUCCAUAAUUUGCCAAAGCACAACAGAGAAAGCAAAGAAAAAAUUGCAGAACUGAAAAAGAAAUUAUUUUAAUUGCAUUAACUUUUAAUGAGAAUACUGCCUGGGUGGAAAGUGUGUGCACACAUGCAGAAAACAGCAGAGCUUAGAACUAACAUACAUUGCUCAACUUCGUAGUUUGCGCUCCAAAGCAGUGCUAAUGUAACCCUGCUUUUGUGUCCUAUUAAGGUACCCACAAAAUCCUUCCUAAGCUAUAAAGAAACAAUUGGAAGGCUACAGACAGUAAGUUUGCUGGUUACUCAGAUCAACUGAUUUUACUCACAGAGUUUGCAAGCACCACAAAAUUGCUAAAGCAAAACAUCCAAAAAAGUUGAGGGUCCAUAUGCAUUUUUGUAGAUGACAUACCCUUAUUUGCUAUCAUCAACAAGCUUUUAAAAAUAAAUCUAAUCACUCUUUAAAUAACCUAGUUCAAAGUGCUCUUCACUUACUUUAGGUAUAAUAAAAAUCUACCUGCAGUAUCUUGUAUACUUUUAAAAAGCAAACGCACAAGAUGCUAAUUCAACCUGUGUUUUUAAACUUGGCAGAAACCUCUCCCACCAUCAUAAAAGCAAUCUAGCUUAGGUCGUGUCAGGUUUUUACCUUUCAGAACACUGCUCUCACUGUUCCAUUACUUUAGAUCAGCUUUCAGUGUUGCUGCGUCCACCUGUCUUUCUUGAAGCCAGGAGCCUAUGGAUGGCUUGCGCUAAGAGACACAAGCAAGGCUGCAGGAUCCCAGAGUUCAUCUGCUGAAAAAGAGGAUGCCUUGAGGCAGGAAGCUCAGAGCUCCUUUAGAAAGAUGUAGGUUGAUGGCUCAUCACUCCACCACUGGGUGUGAGCCAGCAGCAGUGAUGCUCUUCAGAGCUGGACGUUCCGAGGAGGAGAGGAAAUAGACAUUGCCUGUUGCUGGGGGAAUUGAGGUUGGGAUUGCAGGCAGUGUCGGAGCCCCUUGCACCGCUUGUGCUAUUUGUUCUGCAAAAUCUGGCAGAGCAUGUUACUAGCACAGGCCACAGAAAUCCAAACUGGAGACCAAGGACUUGGCUUUGUGUGGUGGAAUGGCUGAAAAGUGUUUACUAGUACUUGGUCAGCACAGCCUAGUAGUGUUCCCCAGCUUUGAGAAAGCCUUGCUUCAUCUAUAUCAGACAAAAAGCUUCUGCAAGUGCUCAAGGAGGAGCACAUAGGAGAAAGUGAGUGUGGAGGACUGAGUGUGUGUAUGUGGAGAGAGAAGGAGAAAUGGCCAUAAAGAAAGGAGUUGAAGCAUCUCUUGCAAGCAUCCCACAUUGCAUUACCCUUCAAGGACCAUACUGGUGGGCAGAGUGAGCCGUAACCCCUUCUUUUGUCGUAUUUAGUGAAAGGUUCACUAACCUCUAAAGGUUAUCGGGCAGUAUUACUAGAUAAUAGUUACUGGAUAAAGUUGAACUGUGUCAUGCUAGGAGCACAGUAGACAGCAAACCUUGCCACACCUUUUGCAAUGGAGAACAAAGCAAGCUUCACAACACUUCUCUCUCCAUCUUUGUGUACUUCAGCAGGGCCAGCCACAAGUUCACUCUAGAAAGAAUGUACAAAAGUCGAACAAACCUAAAGGACAAAGCAGAAGACAAGGAUUGUUUUGUCUUCACAGCAGGAAAUCAUCAUGGAUGAUUACCAAACUGUGUAGAGGUAAUCCCCAGAAAGUCUCUCAAGGCAAAUGCAGUUUCUGAAUGGAGGUUCAAGAUGGCUUUGACCACAUGAUGUGAGGUCAGAGUAAUACUACCAGGAUUCCAAGUUCUCCAGUCUCAGAGAGGUAAAUCCAAGUUCUCCAAUCUCAGAGGGUAAAACUCUCUAAUGCUGAUAGAAGAUGCUUGGAUACUAUAGGGAGCAGUGCCACAGAAAUGCCUAUAAAUACUGAAUUUAUUUUUGCAUAUUCUAAUUGUGCCUUUAGGUUCUCUAAAAUUGACUUGGUUUUAGUCUCACGGAAAUAACUUCAAAAUGAGGAGAAGGGGGUAGUAUCUGGAAGCAGCAUCCUACAAAAGGGCAGCCCAAAGCUCAAAGACUCUUGCUUCAGAAAGAGGGGAAAGGAUGCUUGGGGGUCCCCCUCUUUUCCCCACACAACUCUGACCACAGAGUAUUCUGUGGGACAAUGUCUUGGUCUGUUCUCAGCAGACUUGUAACACUGAAAGAGGCAAGAGCAGUAGCUGGCCACACUUCAGGGCAUGCUGCAGCUGCAUUGGAAUUAAGGUCAAUUCUCUAAACACCUGUCUGUAGAGAAAAAAACCCUUUUUUCACUUCAUUCCUGUAAUUUGAAGGUAAAUCUGAGAACUAGGCAAAUGAAUAUUUCACUUGAGAGGUAUCACUUAUUUUUAAUUUCUUUCAGAAUAUCUUUCAGUAUCAGAUACAGAUGCUUUCUUUCAGGAUAAAGCUGUCUUUAUGCAAAGCAGUGUGCCUAAUAGCCAUCCUCAACUACUUAAACAAGUCAAUUCUGCAAGGACUCUAGGUGUCAAGCCAGAGCACCAUUUGGGACUAACAGUACAGGGAUCCUAGAUAUCAGUGAAAUGUUACCUCAUGCAUUGUUUUCUGUCAUACUAGUAGAAUUCCAGUUGAUUUCUCUCAAAAUAAACCUUGCUUUCUGGAAUUUGUACCCAUGCUAAAGCUACCUGUUUUGUUUUUUUUUUAAAUGACCAUUUUGCUUUGCUUUAAACGUGUGUUUUCUUUAAACUCUAAAGGAACCAAUAAAGGUUAAAACUUUGUACAUUUUUAAAUUACUCCUAAAGUCAAAAGUAUAAAGGUAUGUGUUGCAUUAAAAUUGAGUGCUGUUUAUGUAUUUAACAGAGAUGUAUGUUUUUGCAUUGUUAAAAAGAAUGAUCUAUCCUUUCUUGGGGAGGGUUGGGAGUCUGUGCUCCAACAUUGUCCAAAAGCUUUCAUAUUCUAAUUAAGUAAAGUUCUAAUACUUUGCAUAUGA